CAUCUUGUUUGUUGUUGUUGGCCGGCGCCUCAGUCAUGGCGAUGCACGCUAAAGCGACUCCGCCGCAGAUCCCCGACACCCGCCGUGAACUCUCGGAGCUCGUGAAGAGGAAGCAGGAGCUUGCGGAGACACUGGUGAACCUGGAGAGGCAGAUCUAUGCUUUUGAAGGCAGCUACCUGGAGGACACGCAGAUGUACGGAAACAUCAUCAGGGGAUGGGAUCGAUAUCUAACCAACCAGAAAAACUCGAACAGUAAGACGGACAGAAGGAACCGCAAAUUUAAAGAAGCUGAGAGACUGUUCAGUAAAUCAUCUGUUACAUCAGUAGCAGCUGUGUGUGCUCUCGGCGGCGUCCCUGAUCACAUGAACGAGAAACGCGAGGCAGGUAGCGGCACCGAGAGCGACGCGUCUCCGGACCUGCAGAACCAAGAGAACGAGCCGGGACAGGAGGAGGCAGAGGACGCAGACGGAACAUUGCAGGAUCUGAAGCCUCAGAAAGCCGCGUCGUCCUCCAACUCCACCAACACGGGUCACCACAGCAGCCACAAGAAACGCAAGAACAAGAACCGACACAGCCCCUCCGCCAUGUUCGAUUAUGACUUUGAAUUUGACAUGAAGAUGAAUAAAAAGCCCAGAGCGGAUUAUUCAGCCUGAUGAUGAUGGAGAGUGUUUGACCUGGACUUUAUAUACCAUUUCAUCACACACACACACACACACAAAGCCUGCGUUUAUUCAUCACUCCCAUCUGCCAUUCAGCGAAUCCUAGUGCAUGUGGUUAUAAACUCUCUCCUCAUCCUCUUCGUCUUCCUCUCUUGUCAGUCAGUGCACCUGGAAGCUCCACCCCCUUCAUUCCACACCUGUGUAAACAUCUGCAUGCUUCCAGCAUCGGAUUUGGGACACUUUUUUUGUAACACUGUACCCAUCCACAACGAAGUAUUUUCAUCCUGUUGGAUUGUGUGUAUUUAUGAUGCUCCAUUUGUGACUUACAUUUUUAAUUUUUUUUUUUUUUGUAAGUGAAAAAGAAUUGUGUCGUCGGUUUUUACUCUGUGAACAAAAAUAAAUACAAAAUAGACAAAAA